AUGGCCGCUGAGGUAGCAAAGGACCGAUCUGAUGAUGCAACACACGUAACUUCCGAGGCCGAGCCUACGAUCAAGAUCGAUGCUCCGGACGCGCAGAAUGCUCCACUCGACCAGUCGCAACUAACAGGCGAAAGUGCCACCCCUGCUGCUACGGAAGAGAUCGAGAAUAAGCACAUCUCCGACAUCGCGAAUGAAGUGGUAACCUCGGCCGAAGUCAGUGUUAGCGGAGGAUCCGACACUGAAGCCACCAAGAGCAAGGACGACAAGCCCCGCAGUUCGUCGACCGUUAAGAAGCCCAUUGCCUUCAAGGCCAUCAAUGUCAACCAAAAAUUUCUCACCACAAAGGCCACUACGCCGGCCGCCCCGGCCAAAGUCGCCGAGAAGCCUGCGGCGACAACGACCCUCAGCUCUACACCUGGAAGUCUGACACCGCGGCCCAGGCUCAUUGCGAAGACGGGAAGCGGGUCGGUCAAAUCGGCCACCGGUGCUAAUGGCAAAACGGGUAGUGCGCCAGAUCCAAAUGCCGUGUGGAACAAGAACAGACCUGUCCCACCUCCCGAGCCGAAAAAGUAUACCGACGAGGAGCUAAAGAAAUAUGGAAUUCACAUGGCGAGCCGUCUCCAACCCGAAGACACCAAGGGUCAGGCGAAUUGGGCCGACAUUGACGACGACGACGAAGAUUGGGCACCGGAAACGAUCACAUGGAAGGAUGGCACUAAGAUUGCUAUCCCACAUACCGAAGAGCAACCCCCGGCACCCCCCACGCCAGCGCCGGAACCGGAACCCGUUCCAAAACCUGUCGAAGCCAUCAAGGAAAGUGUGGCUGCGGAGAAACCGAAAUCACCUGCCCCAGGCCACGCGUCUAUCAUUAAGCCUGGAGUUCUAGGGUCUGGAAAGGGUCUUAUUCUCAAGGGUGCCCCCGAAAAGCCUACCCUCGUCGCAAAGCCUCCGCCCCCGCCAGCGCCCGUCAAGUCACCCUGGGCACCGAUACCAAAGGUGGAGAAAGUUUCUCCCAUGGUCGUUGAACCGCCGCCGCCGAAUCACCAUGCACCGAGGUAUCCCCCGAGAGAUGGGCCGGCUCAAUAUGCUGGUUUUCCUCCUGCGGGGCCGAAGGAAAUCGCCGCGGAUGAUUUCAGCAGAGGACCGUGGAGAGACGGGCCAGGUGGUGGUGGAAACAGAGAGCUAUAUAAUUCACAUUCCGGACGCUACGAACCCGUUCAGGACCGCCGUGGAUCAAUACGCCCAGAGCCGCAGUACGGCAGACAGCCUUCUGUCUUGCAACGCCCUGCCCACAACGAUCACCACGGCCCGGCCGAACCCUCUGCCGCUUUCCAAACACAUAGGACUAGCGACCAACAUGUGCCCUACGGCCGUAGGCGCGGCUCGUCCAACGUUAGUGGCGUUAGCAGCGGCUUCUUGAACCGUGCCAAGGGCUUUGAGCAGCCAUUGCAACCCCCCGAAAUUCUCAACGCCAGGCGCGAAUCCAUGACGGCCGGUAGUGACGGCCCUGGGUCACCGAGGAACUUCUCGCCUUCUGGCAUGCAGCACGGGCCUCGUCACCCUCACCCUCACCCUCACCCUCACCCUCACCCUCCCCUUCACCCGCACCACCAGGGCUGGCCUCCGCGGGUUUCCCCAGCCGUGAGUCACGCAGUACCGGCACCACAUCAUCACGGUCCCGAUAUGGUUGGGGUGCCCCCAGUUGGCCCGCCGCCGCCUGUCCAGGAACAAGUGCCGUUGAUUACGGAUCAAGAGAUUGAGCUGCAGAAGAGGUUGAUGCGUGAGAAGGUAGAGGCUGCUCGGAAACGGCGCAUGGAAGAAGAAGAGCGCGAAAAGGCAGCUCGCGAGGAGCGUAUCCGGCUCAAGUUGCAGGCGCUGGGUCCUGCCCCCGAAUCCAACAGUGCCAAGAAGGCUGCAGCGAAGGAGCAACCUGCUUCUACAACGGAAGGUGCCGCCCAGACAGGCGCGGCGACUGACGAACAAAAGGCUGUCGAGAAGACCGAGGUGAAAACCCCGCCUACCACUCAACCUGAAAAAGCUGAACAGCCACCAAACGGUGUGCCUCUACAAAUCCUACCGGACUCUGAGCCCCUCGAAAGCCGCCAGCCUCUUUGGUCUAGCAACAGUGCUAAGCAACAACAAGGGCGGUACACAGCUACUACUUGGGGUUCGCAGACAUCAACCAAGAACGUCUGGGGUCCUCCUACCAACAACCGCACUCUAGGAAACGGCACCUUCAACCCCGACCUAGGCACAUCACCUCCUCCGGUUUCGAACAAGCCCGGACCCGGCCCAAUUGCACCUCCCAGCCGGAACACCACCACCAUGGCCACCAAGACCAAUCUGUUCCCUGACGGUGCUCCCGCUCGGCUGCCACCCAUUGCCCCUCCUAAUCACUCCAACGCACCCAGCGGCACUUUGUCUACAGGCGAACGACAGGCCAAGGCGAAUCAAUGGGUCAGUGCUGCGCGUCUCAAUGACGAGGCCUUCGAGAACAUGCUCAAGGACAGAUUUGCUGAGCAGGACCGUCGCCGGGCUGAAAAGGGGCUCACGGCUGAAGACAUCCAGCCUGUGGUCAAGGAUGUCUGGCGUCCCACCAAGCUUGACGAGAACGGCAUGAGGAUCGAGGCUGGUCCCCGACAAACCGUCCGGGUUGGCAAGGAGAACCCGUGGGCUGCCUCUCAGCCUUCUCAGCAGACACAACCCCCGGCCGCGAAUACAUCUAUGCUCGGUAAUGCCGGCGCAGCACCACGGACCUCAUCUAGGUUCUUCCCUAGUCGCCAGCAGACCAUCGCUGCUGCGGAAUACCAACGCCCUCAUUCCCCUUCGCCUCCUCCCCCCGAUACGGAGACGACGGGUCAUCCGGCAUUCGACGGCGAUGUCAAGCACCCCCACGUCUGCAUUCCUACGCCCAGGCCCCAAGUUCGCCUACCACCCCCCUCUCAGGCGAGAGAGGAACCAAAGGUACAACAUCCAGAGGCUCCCAAGCCGCCAGGUCCGUCCUUCUCGUGGGCUAACACGGUUGCGUACAAGGGCGAGGAGCGUUCACCAGCACCCAACCCGGGUAGUCCCUGGCAAGCUCGGAUCGACAAUCUGCUCGGAGCUCGUAAGCCUUCUCAAACACAGCAGAAGCCAGCUGCGGGAGUGGACUCGACGAGCCGCGCUGCCUAUGAGCACCCAGAGACGUCUGUUACGGUGUCGCUUACCGCCGCUAUGAUCGCCGAAGCAUCUCCUACAACGAAGGACAUGGAUGAGGACUGCUUUGAGGAGCAGGAGAUGGGUUCCUUACCUACUGUCCGGAUUCCUACUGAGCUUCCGGAGAUGGCCUGGUCGCCUACAUCCGCACCGCCACCCAAGCCUCUCCAUCGGAAGUUCUUCCCCCUGACGACCAGCGCCGAGCCAAUCCGCAUCGACACCAGCUCGAACGGAAUUGGCAGCGUCAUUCGCAUUGCAUUCCCCGGGACUGACCGGCACCCGCCCUUCGUCACCGCGGUGACUAUUCCUUUCAGCAGGACUCGCAGCAACCCUCGUCGUGGCGGCGGUACAUCCCGCGGCGGUCGCCAUCCCGCGGCACCUCACAAUCAGCGCGGCAUGCCUGGAGGUCGUGGCAGUAGUAGAGACGCUUCUUCACCCAAUGACCAAGGACUCACCGGCCCUCCUACCGGACCUAACGGGUCGCACCAGCAGAGUAGGGGCCGAGGUGGUGGCUACAGGGGUAGGGAUAGUGCCUGGUCGAGGAGUGCACCAACCGCUAUUCAGACUUCCUAG